UAAUUUGAGUUUGAGACCCCUGAUGUAAAACUUUAAAUAGGUGAGUCAGAUAUACAUUUAGCCCUCUCACAGUUAUCAUGAUGGAGUAAAUUAUCUACAGAGACCAAAACAUGUUUUGUACCAGGCUGUUCCAUGUUUCUUUCUGCUACAGUUGAACAUUUUAACAUGGAGGUCUAUGGAGACUGACUCACUUUUAGAUCCUCAAGAGGCCAAAAGAGGAACUGCAGCUUCUGCUCUGACUUCAGUUUUCAGCUUCAGAGGAGCAGGUGUGGUCAGAGUGGCGGUGCAAGAAGGAGGUGAUGUUGUUUUACCGUGUUCCCGCGGCAACAAGGAGAACGUUGAUAAAACGGUGUUUGACUGGAAGAAAGACGGUCUGGAGGUUUUCUUCUAUGAGGCAGGAAAACAUUACAACAACGGGCGAGAAGGUCAGAGCGAGCAGUUCAAAGGACGCGUUUCUCAUUUUCAGGAUGAACUGAAGCACGGAAACGCCUCCAUAAGAGUCCAGAAAACAAAGAUGGCCGACAGCGGAAACUACACCUGCACUUUCCCAAAGAAACAAACGUCCCACAUCACUCUGUUUGUCGAUCCUGAUCCAGAGCGCUCUGUCUUAACCUCUUGAGGCUCAUAUUGAUUAUGUGUAUUUCUGUCUCUUCAUACCAGCACAUUUUAAACUGUAUAAUACCAGAAACAUGAGGAAAUGAUACAUGUAAAUGACAUCAUUUAAAAACAAACAUUCAUUAGGUUUCAUCAGGUUUGUUGAUCUCACUUCAGACUCUGAAAGAGUUGAAUUUGUAACAUAUUAAAAAGGAAAAAAUA